CAGAACACGUGGUAUGUGUCAUGUGAUCCUGUAGUAAUCAGUAUUCCCGCGAUUCUCAGUCUUGCUGGAAUUCUACAUGGCAUCCACGGAGACAUAUCCUGGACAAUUAUAAAACAGGAGAAAGUUCGAAGAAAGAAUAUUUGAAAUAUGAAAAGUUGAUAUUGUACAGAUACCAUGAUUAACAUACUUUUAAUUCUUCUUGUCAUAUACUCUAGUAGAGGAGAAGAAUAUAAAUUCCAGGAUUAUGUGAACCCAAACCAGGUGACUGUUGAUCGUAAUACAGGUGAUGUUUAUGUUUCAGGUGUUAAUUAUUUAUUUCACUUCUCUUCAAACUUAACGAUCAAAAAUUCACUACAGAUUGGCCCUUAUCCCUCCUCAUUUCCGUGUACUUCAAAACUAGAAAGAAAUUCUACUGGCAGUGAUAACCAAAUACAUAUUUUAGAGAUAAAUCAUGUUGCUCGGAAACUUUUAGUGUGUGGUUCUGUUUGUGAUGGUUUGUGUUCCUACCAUGAUUUAAACAAUAUUUCAACAUGGCAGUGGAUAUCACAAGGAAAAAAUAAUGAAAGUUCUUUUGGUGGAAAAGGUCCUGUGUUAGUGUUGUUUUUAGCAGAAGAAACAGAAGAAUUUAUAGUUGCUAUUUCCCAACCCAGUCCAAAUAAUAUGAUAACAUUCAGAAAGUUUGUGGAUAAUGAAAACAGAAUCAAGUAUAUUGGUCACCAUGGAUUAAAUGUUUUUUCAAAAUAUCGUAAAGAACUGAUAGUAAGGUUCAUCAAAGUUUUCAAAAGUGACAAGUUUAUUUAUUUUUUAACUGUUAAAAUGAAAAGUGCGACAAAAUUUGAAGGUUUUGAGACCACCAUAUUUCGGAUUUGUUUGAAUAAUGGUACUAAAUCUGUGUAUCCAUUUUUAGAAAUUCCUAUGAAUUGUGGAAAAGAAUAUACCAUUGCAACUUCAGCCGCAGUUGGACAUUUUACUAACAAAAAUGUUAAGGAAUCAGCACUGAUUAUUGCGUUCAGUAAAGCAUCCAAUGACACAUCAGAUAAACCUGAUCCAUGGUCUGGUACAAGGGUUUGUUCAUUUAGAUUGCAACAUAUUGAUAAAGAAUUUAAUUUUAUUAAGACUAAUUGUAAUGAAGAGAUCGCAUCUGUUCCAGAGUGGAUGUUUGGACCGUUUGAACAGUGUAAAAAUUCAUCAGGAGAUAAGAUUUGUGAUAACGUUUAUGGUAUAGCUAUCCGAAGUAAAAGUUCUGAGUUUCAAAAUGAUGAUCAGAACCUUAAAAAGAGGUUAAAAAGAAGUUUAAUAACAUCAAUAAUAACAUCAACAUUUAAUAAUUAUUUACAUAUACUGUUAUCUGUUGAUAAUGGUCAAUUCCUACAAGUAAGUAAUACUGUUAUUUACAAAUGA